CCGUCGUGCGGCAUGUUUUAUGCUAGUGUACGGCACUGCGCGCACCAUCUCCAAGGCAAGGCAAGCAAGGUGUGAAUGUGAAGCCUCUGUUACGGUGUAUCCUACCUCUGUCAGUGCAUCUUGCACCCGCCUAGAUUGUUCAUCGCGGCCUCAGUUUACGUGGACACCAUGAAGCGCGUUAUUUGAAGUUCGCGUACAGUUCGACGGAAGAUGGAUUCAAGUCAACCCCAUCCUCGAUCAAAAAGGAGGAGGCGCUAUUUGGAGCCUGGAUCGCAUUAUAUAGUACCACGGACAACGAGCCUAUAUCAAAAAGCGGCCGAGGCGCUAUCUGCCAGCCAGCCAUGCUCUAGCAAGAACGUUCCUCAAACUUCAGCUGGUAACGGAGGUUCUGGAGUAGCGGCGCUCGACACACGUAUCAGUGAUGCACAUGGUGACAGCGAUGAAAAUCCUGAUCCCGACGACACCUACGGUUUCGAGGAGAGCUCGCUCUCAAGCGAUUCUGACCAAACUGCAAAUUCGGCUUGCGACGAUGCAGGCAUGAGCGACAGCCAUGCCGAUAGCGACACAGAUCGUGAGCAGGAUGAAGAUGAGUUUUGCCGGUUGUUUUCUGAUGAGCGCUUGCCGAACUCGGACCUAAACGUCAGAGAAGCGAUUAUUAUCCUGAUGGCGUACAGUACAUCUGCGGGACUUAACUGGACCAACAUGGAAAAACUAGUGGGGGUGAUAAACCUUUUUUUGGGAAAGCAAAUUCUGCCAACAUCCAAGCACCUGCUCAGAAAAAACAUGGAAAUUGUGGCUGGCUGGCACAGUCAAGCGCCAUUACUACUGUAAAGAAUGUGGAUCGAUCGUACCCAAUCCCAGUGAGAGGGACUUCGUGUGUCCGCAGUGCACAGCCUUGAAUCCCCCAGAAAAUCACUUUGCCAUGAUUGAUGCGAAGAAACAGAGCUGCUCCUUUCUAGCACCAGUGUUGCCAAAGGGCUGUUAGCUGCUCUACAAAAAAAGCAGUCGCGUGCUCAUGAAACGGACCUCACUGACAUAACUGAUGGCAAGUUGUACAAAAACCAGAUGAAGGAAGCGUCAUGGUGCGACUUGACAGUGACUUUCAACGUUGACUGAGCAAGGACAUUCAAGUGCAGCAAGUUAUCGUUGUGGCCUAUUCAGUGUGUUGUGAACGAACUCCCAGUGACACUGCGCUGGAACAACAUGCUGCUUUGCGGCCUCUACUUUGGGAAGGGGCAUCCGAAAAUGGCACCCUUUCUGGAGCUGUUCAUUGAAAACAUCAACAAAGUUGGGGCGAUCAAGUGGGAAUGCAACGGUCUCAAGUUGUCAUCUAAAGUCAGUGUGGUUUGCUGCUGCGUCGAUGCACCUGCACGGGCUGCAGUACUAAAUAUGAAACAAUUCAACGGGUAUUACGGCUGCAGCUUCUGUCACCACAAGGGCGUUUAUUUCUCUGGGUCACUGAAAUAUCCACUGUCGAAAGAUGGCCAUGAGCCGGAACCAAGGACGGAUGCCACCUUUCGAAGGGACAUGGAGAUAUCCCUGGAGUCGGGUGAACCAUCGCAUGGUAUCAAAGGGUUUUCACCACUUGCCCGGCUGCCAGGGUUUGAUUUGGUGUGGUCCGUGUGCCCCGAUUAUAUGCACAAUGUGCUAGAAGGUGUGGCCAAGCAACUUGCCGACAUAUGGUUUGGCUCGCCGGGCUCUCCAUCCUACAUUGGGCAGCCAGAAAAUGUACGGAAAUUGGACCACAGGCUCGCCAAUGUAAAGCCACCACGGUGGUUCACAAGAUUACCGCGAAGUAUUAAAGAAAGAUGCUUGUGGAAGGCAAGCGAAUGGAAGUGGUGGGCCCUUUUCUACGCUGCCCCAUGCCUGGAUGAAAUCUUGCCACGCCCUUACCACAACCACUUGUGCUUGCUAGCAUCAGCACUCUACCUUCUUCUGAAGGAUCACAUCAGCAGAGAUGAAGUCGGAGUAGCAAUGGAUAGAUUGUCCGAUUUUGCUCUGAAGAUGGAACCUUUGUACGGCACAGGUGCCAUGUCAUUUAACGUGCACCAACUGCUCCACCUUCCAAAAAGUGUAGCAGAGCUGGGCCCACUGUGGUCCCACUCUGCAUUUGUGUUCGAAUCUGGCAAUGGCACCCUUCUAAAGCUAAUUAGCGAUGCUAAUGGUGUGCCGUCACAAAUUUCUGAAUGGUUUGUAAUGAAACUUCAGCUCAAGAAACUUGUAAAUACCCUCGAGCUUUCCACAGGGGUCAGAACAACCUGCCAUCACUUGAUGACCACAUCGCCUCCAAGAAUUGUGGACACACGCCCCAUGGGAAAGAGUGUUUUGUGCAACACAGUGAAAGAGGAUGAAAGGAGUGCCUUUUUAGCAAAAUUAGGCUAUGUCCCGACACAAGUGGUGAGGUUCCAGCGCAUCAUGGUGCAUGGUGAACAUCUGGACACAAGUGACUAUAGGUGCACAAAAAAACGAGAAACUGUUUUUUCAAAUGCAAAAAUGGCAGGUAUUUCACAUUGCUGCAUGUCUAUGAACUGCCAGACUCUGUGUGUGUACUCAUGUGUGUGCGGCUUGCAUCUGAACUAUAUAAGAACACUUCUCACAUCAGUUUUUGCACAGAAACUGAAGAAAAGUUGUUCUUUUACCAGAGGAUCUGGACAGAGUGUGCGUGCACAUGAAAGUCGGACGUGCUUCCUAUGUUGCUGAUGUACCAAACUUGUUUGAAAGAGAUUGAUUACUGGGUGUUAGUGACAAAUGUAGUCCGUCUAAUUUCAGUUUAGAAUGGUAGUACAAUGAAGAGUUUACUUUUCUUAACCUUUGCCACGGAUAUUCUCCUCAUAACUGAACUUUUCCAAUAGUAAGCAGUUUAUUGUGUUGUUCGAAGUGAAAUGCUUUAACCUUUAUUAGUACAUGCUUUUUUAUGUUCAUAAAUUUUGGUAGGGUUAUAUCCAAGUAUUAAACAGAUCAGAACCACCCCUUAGGCAUGGUGAAAAGACAUCCUGUGGAUAACAGACGCUCCUAUAAACACCUCAGCCAAAUCUUGCAGCCGUGUGCAGCAAGGAGAGUUUAGAAGUGAUGCGCGAAGUUGUGAAUUACUCAGGUGGCCUCUUUUCAUAGAGACGCCUCUGCUCACUUUCUUUGAACUUUCAGACACCUGCUGUAUGUUGUAAAACAACAGAUAACAUGCUGUUGGCUGAUAGCCAACAUAAAUCAAGAGCGGUGUUUCGAUCAGACAUGCUUCUUGCCAUAGGGUGCUGCCACAUGCGGACACCGCUCCCCAUAAUGUGCUAACAUUUUGUAGUGAGUCGCACUCGUGCAUGGGAAUCGCAACGGGAAAAAGCGAUCACAUGUGCUCUAGGUCAUGAUGUGUGCUGACUUAACCAUUUCUUUUGUGCCAUCCCUCCCUAUGUAGCUGCCAACGCAUCGUUGGGAUGAGAUAAGAGACCGCUUAAAGUUCGCAACAAUCCCCUGUAACUCCGCUCGCUUUGAAGUUUUUGAGGCAAUA